UAGUAACAAUCGGUGCUGUGACAACCAAUGGCGGAGGCCAGGAGGUGGCGGCCGCUUAGCGUCUGAAGCGUCUGAAGUGUGGAGUCGGAGCGGUGCCCGAGGCCGAGCCGCUCGCCGUUGCCACAGCGGGCCCGCAUGAGGGGACUUGUGUGAGAUCGUGGGGUCGUCGGCGCGAUUAGCCCCUUUCGUUUUCAGUAACAUUCGGUCUGACAGCGGAGGACAGAUUCAACAUUAGAAAAUGGUUACAUGUCCCACAAAUGUAAUACUGAAGUGGCUUGAACAUCUGAAUAGUUCCUGGGCCUUGGAAGACAGUGAAUCUACAGCAACGAGGGAAGGUGCUUCUGCAUUGUAUGAAAAGUUGCUCCAUAACAAAGAAGUGGUAGGGAUAUCUCAGCAGGCCCAACAUUUGAUUGAUCCUCGCUUACCAGAUUUUGAACAUGAAUCUUCAGCUGUGGAAGAACGUGAGCAGUAUCUCUCUGCACUGCUCAACAGCCAACAGAAUUUGGCCAAAAUGGUCUUUGGAAAUACACCUUUUGCUGUUGCCUUACACAUGCGAUUGCUGUCUCUUCAAAGAAUAUUUUAUGCACUUUCUAAUAAGUAUCAUGACCGGUUCAGAUCGGAGCGUCAAAUAGAAAGGCAAAGUUCUGACAGCAGAUUAGAUCCGAAAGAUGCAAUGGUCAGGAAUACAAAAAUAAAAACUGGUACUGAUGUUUUAAUUGAGAUGGGAGUUAAGACUGGCCUAAGCCUACUGUUUGCACUAAUUCAACAAAACUGGCAACAGUCAAAGUUAGAUCCAAGUUUGAGCCUGUGCAAUGAUGUUUUGUGCACAGCCUGCACAAUUAUCAAUUCUCUACCUCCACUUUCGCUAGCAAAUGAAAAUAAAAUUCCACAGGUAGGUUUGGACUGCCUCACACAAGUUACCACAUUUUUGAAGAAGAUGACCAUGCCCAGUUCUGGUGCUGACAUGCAAGGGCGAAGAUUGGCUUCAGAGCUACUAUUGGGUCUUGCAGUACAGCGUGGAUCUUUGAAGUUUCUGCUUGAAUGGAUUGAAGUGGCAUUAGCUGCUUCUGCAGCAGCUGCUAAUGCAUCGGAAAAAGAAGGAAUGAUUGGAUACGAUUGUUUUUUAAAAUCAUUGGAACAGCUGAAACAUUCUUCGAAUGCAUACGCGGAUAAUCUACAGAAUCAAGAGCUCAAGAAGACUCCAGAUGGGCUGUGUUCUCUUUCCAAUGCAGCAAUUUGUCUUUUUGAAGAGGUUUGCAGGUUAGCCUUAGACUGCCUAUGCAGCACCAGUUCUCAGAACUCUCAAAGCCAUGACAGCGAAACGAGCGCAGUGUAUGUUUGGGGCAGUAACAGUAGUCAUCAGUUGGCAGAAGGGACACUGGAGAAAAUUUUACAACCUAAGUUAGCACACGGAUUUGCUAAUGCGCAGACGAUUGAAGCUGGACAGUACUGCACAUUUGCAGUUUCAGAAGAUGGUUCUGUAAAGGCUUGUGGAAAAGGUAGCUAUGGCAGACUUGGACUUGGUGACUCAAAUAAUCAGUCGGCACCGAAAAAGCUCACAUUUGAACCACAUCGCAGCAUUCGUAAAAUUUCAUCCUCAAAAGGUUCAGAUGGGCACACGCUAGCAGUAACUGCAGAAGGAGAUAUAUUCAGCUGGGGAGAUGGCGACUAUGGGAAACUUGGACAUGGAAAUAGCGCAACACAGAAAUAUCCCAAACUGAUUCAAGGACCAUUAUUAGGAAAGAUUGUAGUCUGUGUAUCAGCAGGAUACAGACAUAGUGCAUCGGUGACAUCUGAUGGAGAGCUUUACACAUGGGGAGAGGGAGACUUUGGCAGACUUGGACACAGUGACAGCCAUAGUCGUAACUUACCAACUCUUGUGAAAGAUAUUAGUAGCGUUGGCCAAGUAGCUUGUGGCAGCUCCCAUACUAUUGCUGUAUCUCAGGAUGGACGAACAGUAUGGUCAUUUGGUGGAGGAGACAAUGGUAAACUUGGCCAUGGGGAAACAAACAGAGUGUACAGACCAAAGGUAAUUGAAUGUUUGCAAGGACUGUACAUUAGGAAGGUGUGUGCUGGGAGCCAAUCUUCGCUUGCAUUGACUUCUGCUGGGCAGGUAUUUGCAUGGGGCUGUGGCUCUUGUCUGGGAAGUGGCUCUUCAGAAACUACAGCUCUUAGACCACGUCUGAUUGAAGAACUGAAUUCAACCAAAAUCAUUGAUAUUUCAUGUGGAGAUAGUCAUUGCUUAGCUCUAACACAUGAUAAUGAAGUUUAUGCUUGGGGUAAUAAUGCAAUGGGCCAGUGUGGACAAGGACAUACAUCAACUCCAAUUGCUAAACCAAAGAAAGUAAUUGGUUUGGAGGGAAUAAAUAUACAGCAAAUCACUGCAGGAACGUCCCACAGUCUGGCUUGGACAGCUGCCCCAACUGAUAGACAACUGGUAGCCUGGCACAGGCCUUUCUGCGUUGAUCUGGAAGAAAGUACAUUUAGUUAUUUGCGAACAUUUUUGGAUAGGUACUGUGAUGGAAUUAACAAUGAGGUGCCUCCGCAGCCUUUCUUUUCUCAAAGGGAACAUCAUCAUUUUGUAUAUCUUUGUUUGAAGUUACUUUCCACUCAUCUUUCCCUGGCUCAAGCUGGAGGUACUGGAGCUGCUGUUCUUGGGCAACAGGGUAGACCACUAAGGAACUUGCUUUUUCGGCUAAUAGAUUCAGAUGUUCCAAAUUCUAUUGAAGAGGCAGUCAAUGAAACUCUUUCAGUUGGUGCAUCUUUAUUGUUGCCUCCACUCAGGGAACGUACUGAACUCUUACAUAAUCUGCUACCUCAAGGUCCAGAGAGAUGGGAAAGUUUAUCAAAAGGACAAAGAAUGCAGUUGGAUAUAAUACUGACCAGCCUACAAGACCAGUCCCACAUCGCAUCCCUACUGGGUUACAGCUCACCCACUGACCUAACAGAAGGCUUCUCUCAAAGCUGCUUUCCUGAUCAGGACUCAUCCAACCCAGGGGUUAUUGACAACUUGCACUUAGCAGAAAUUCUUCUAAAAACUCUUUUAAGGAACAUCGGUUUUUACACCGAGCGUGCUUUUGGUGAGUUGGAGAAGAACAGUGAUAAGCAACAAAGUAGUACAACACAUACAGAAAGCGGACCACCCUCCCAUGUCCGUCAGUUGCUCUCUGCAUUGCAUAAACAUUUGCUGGCUCACUGUUACUCACGUUCUACUGCUAAGGAUCACUUGAGCGUAGAUUUGCUGCAUAAACACAUGAACUUGCUGCUGCUAUAUGCAUCUGAUACCUACAGGCGAUCUGCUGUUCUUCUGAAAGAGAGCUUACUAGAUAAAAGUGUCACAGAAAAACUACAUGGUAUUCUUUUUAACUCUGCGGCUGGAAGUGUGUUGUCUCAAGUGAUCUACUCCCUUCUAUUGUUACCUGUUAGCAUUGUGCGACCUUUAUUGGGCAAUCUUCUAGAUCUGCUCCAACCUCUUGAUCAUCUGAUCCGGUUUUUACCAGCUGCUAUGUUACUGGAGGAGCAGGAACUUGAAUGGGCGAUGCAUGAAUCUGAAAACAGUCCAGAAAAAUACAUUUCAACUGAUGCUAAAUCUUGGAUUUGGCUCAUUGAUAUGGAACGGACGAUUUCCUUCACUGUUGGGCAAUGUCUUGGAGAAAUGCUGCAAGGUCCUAUUUGUUCGGCGGAAGAAGGGAAUUCUGCAUACUGGCUACAAAACCAACUUCUCAGCAAUGGACUUGAAAUUGACUCUGAGCAACUUGAUUUACUCAUGAAUUGUCUCACUGGAAAAGCGUUGUCUGGCUCUGUGGAACGGAAGUCUUUUGAAUUCCGAGUUUCUGAAGAUACUGCAGCACUUAUAGAUAUCGCAUUGGGUACCUCAGUAGAACCAGGGUACAAAAUUUGGAGGAGAAUGCAGGUUUAUGCCAACAGCAGUGAAUGGGAACAUGGUACAAAUGGAGAUUAUUUGUUGGACACUGUGUCCCGGUUUAUUCUUGCCGUAUUACUCAAGCACACAGGAUUAUUUCAAGAGGCGUGCAAAGAUGAGCGGUGCCAACCCAGUGAGGGACUUGUGGAAGUUUAUCAAUGUGUCUACAAGGUUAGAAGUACACUACUGUCUCAAAAGAAUGUCGUCUAUAAUACUGCAGAGGUGCAGCUGCCCACUUGGCCCAGACAGCUUUCAGAUGUCUCCGAUAAUGUUGAAGAUGAACCAAGAGAGAGCUGUAGUACCACUGAACAAACAGCAAACGUUAGACAAUCAGAGGAACCACAAUACAACCCGGAAAGAGAGAUUGUGCUAUUGGACACAGAGGAUUUCCCAAAGAUAAGCAAGGUUUUAGAGUGUUUCCUAGCUCGAAAGGCUGCUUGUCAUCAUGAAAAUGAAACUGUGUAUGAAUAUUCGGGCACAAAUAGCCGACCUAACAGUACAGGCAGCGUGGAAAUUCCAGAAGCCGAAAAUACUCCGAAAGAUAAAAGGAGGGAUUCAGAAGAGCAAUAUUCCUUUAUAUCCAUGUGCCACUAUGUAAUUUUACGCUGUGCCUUCCUCAUUCUUGGAGUACGGGCCGUAUGGCUGGGGAAAGGAUGGCAAGAAGAGCCAACAUUAGCUAAAACUAGGAAAGGAAGUUCUGUGCAAGAGGAACAGUCAUCUCGGGCAAGACUCAGACAGAAUCAAAGUGACUGUGAUGCAAGGAAGCAAGUGAAUAAAGAAUUUUCUGAAGGCCAGUCCAGAAUGCAGUCAAGAUCAUCUGAGCACACAUUAGGAGUGCCAUUGUGUUCAUUGGGCAUUAUGAAAGAUGCAUGGCAACUGCUACGGCAAUGUAUCAGCCCACCAGAGAAUUCCAAGGCUACUACGUUUGCACCUUUGUUGAAUGACAUCUUUCAGUUCCUCUGUGGACACCUUACUCGGACUUCAAACCUGGUAGAACAAGAAGUGGGCAAACAUUCUGACCCUAAGGCAAUUAUUACAGCGAUGGGUCACCAGCAGCAAAGGGCAGAGCUCCGUCUUGAAGCCCUUUGCCAGAUUUCAACUUUUCUCUCUGAAAUGGAGGGUAAAGUUGGCUCCUCAUUGGAUAGUUCAGGACUGUCAGUAAAGUCAACUGGUCUUCUACUGACAGUACAGUUGCAAUUUUUAACUGGCUGCUUUGAUCUGGGCACAACAAACACAAAAAACACUAAACAGAAUUGUGGAAAACUCCAGCAUUAUACGGAUAUAACACGGGCUGCCCAUGGAAAUACACAGAUUAAGCUCCAGGCUUCAGCGCACAAACUUUAUCAACAUUUGGUUUCUUCUCUGAAACGAGGACUUGCAACUGGAAGGGAAUUCUCAGGAGCACAGCAGCACCUUCUGUUGGCUACUAUAUUUGCUCUAAAUGUCCGGUACCAGCCUGCAGACUUAUCUGUGGUUAUUAACAGUGGUCUUCUAGAAGCUCUUUCAAAGUUGACAAAUUCCUGCCUCCUGGUAAACCAGCGUUGGCUGAUGGCUCCAGUGUCCGGCCAUCCUCAUUUAAAUGUUGCACUAAAACUGGCUGGUGCUCGACUUCUACAGAUUUUAGCUAUCACUGCUAGUUCCUAUGCAGAAACCUUGUGCCCUGAAGUUGUUCAAGCCCCAAUGGAUGUACUGUGUUGCCAGUUGCAAGGUUUUUUGCAUGCGAUGUGUGGAAAUUCAGAAUGUGAAUCAGCUGAAGAGGAAUGUCCAGACCAACGUAGUAGUGGAUCCAGCAUCAGAUCCAGAAGUAAAGAUCAUGGCAAAAGCAGACGAAUUAUAGAAAGCCAAUUAGGAGACUUUCUUGUUUUUUUGCGACGUGUUAUCUCCUUCAAAAAUGUACAGAGCAAUAUUGUUUCUGUGAAAUGGAUUGAUCCACUUUUAUUGAUAGCUACACAGACACAUGAAACAGGUCUUCCCUUUGUGCGCAAUUUACGCACCAAACUGCUAGCCUUGCACAUUUUGGAAUCCCUGCUGCCUCCCUGCUUUGAACCAAAGCAAAUUAAAGAGAUCUUGGAGCGGCUCUUCAGUUCUCUUUCUACUUGUAUGUGGGAAAUGCCACUUGCUUUAAGCAAAAAGGAAAAAGUAGAUAAAACAAAUGAGACAGAGGAUAAAGAGGAUGACAGCAUACCCAUUAAAGAGUUUUCAUUUGAUCCAGAUAAAAUGGUUUGCUGUAAUUUGGAAUCUGGAAAUAUUUUAUCUCAUGGUGCAGGUGGCAAAGGAUAUGGAUUGGCAACAACUGCUAUAACAUCUGGAUGCUUCCAUUGGAAGUUUUACAUAACCAGAGAGAAUAAAGGUAAUGAGGGUACUUGUGUUGGAGUAUCACGAUGGCCCAUCAGAGAUUUCAACCAUCGUACAACAUCGGACAUGUGGCUUUAUAGAGCUUACAGUGGGAAUCUCUACCACUGUGGGGAGCAAAGUUGUGUCCUACCUAGUUAUACUCAAGGAGACUGUAUAACUUGUGUCCUGGAUGUGGAAGCAAGAACAAUCUCAUUUGGAAAGAAUGGUGAGGAACCAAAGUUAGCCUUUGAAGAUGUUGAUGCAACUGAGCUGUAUCCUUGUGUGAUGUUUUACAGCAGCAAUCCUGGAGAAAAGGUGGCACUUUGCGACAUGCAGAUGCGUGGAAUUUGUCGAGACCUCUUGCCUGGUGAACCGUUUUGUAGUCCUCUGUUAACUGUACUGGCAGAAGCAACUGUCCAGUUGAUCCGAAAACUGCAUAGCCAUGACAACUGGAUGCCUGCGAUUAACCACCAAAUGCUUUGUAGGCUUGAACUGAUUGGUUCGAUAAUGAAAGAAGCAAAAGUUUUGAAGCUGAAUAAAUCUCGAAGUAAAUACUCAGUAAAGAAAAAUACCUUUGAGGACAAAGAAACGAGAGGACAAGAAGAUAAAUUAUUCAAGGGUGAAGAUAAGGCCCAGGGCAUCACAGAUUUAGCUGAGCUACAGCUAAGAAUGUUGUGCAGAGAAGUAUGGCCUGUUCUGGCAGUUGUUGGUGGAAUUGACUGUGGGCUCCGUGUCGGUGGUCAUUGCAUACAUAAGCCUUCAGGACGCAGAGCAACCCUUUUAGGAGUUACGAAAGAAAGAGGCACCUCUGCAAGACUACAGUGGGAAGAUGUUGAAAUCACUAUCAGCUUCCUGAAUUCUUGGUCUCCCAGUGACACACCACUCUCUACACUCGAGCCAUGCAAGCCUUACCAGUUUGAUGUUACAAGAUUUCAUGGUCUUAAAUCUGCUACGUUACUGGAUCUGACCUACUUGACUGGAGUCCAUGAAGAACCUGAAAUAAGCAGCAAGGUGACAUCAAAUAAAGACUCAGCCGAGAAAGUUGUCAAGGCCGAGUUAGAAAAAAAGUUGGAUGAUGAAAUUGCAAAAUUUAUGGCAGAUGAUGACCACAAAGAUCCCACCAGUUUUCAGAACAGAGAACCAUCAAAUGUACUCAUAAAAAAUGUAACGGUUCAAAAUGAAGAAAAUGAUGCUGAGAAAGGAUGUGAUUUAAAAGUAGAUGGUGAUUUAAAUGAAAACUGCCAGAGCUCAUGUGACCGGAAUUUACAAAGCCAUGAAUUAUUCCUUGCUGAACUACGUGCUGUGCAACUUUCGUACAUUUCUGUUGGGGCCAUGAAAACCCUUAGUGCCAUACUAAGUUACGGAAAAUAUGCUGACUUGCUCCUUGUUCCAAAUAUCACUGCAAGUAGUCAGAGUACUUCAGAAUGUGCCAAACCUUCCUCCAGCUCUAUAGAGAAUAUGGAACUUAGAAUGGUUCUUCAUUACUUAAUGAGGUGCAUGGUAAAAUGGGCUGUGCGGCCAUGCCCAAUUAAACGAGUAAUUUCACUCGCUGAUCUAGAACGUGCACAUGUCAUGAUCUUCAAGUGUGCUUUGGAUUCCUUGGUGGGAGAUUACAGAGCUAAGGAGAAUAAAGAUACCUCAUCAGAAAAUGCAAGACUUCACUCUCAAGCAGCAUCAACUUCAUCCAGUACAGUUUCUCUCUAUAGUAACUCCUCCGAAGAAAGUGCCGGCAUUCCUUUUUCAGUGUCAGCUUCAAAUUCUUCUUCAGCUACUAAUUUGGGUUCUUUAGUGUCUACUAAUGGAGUAGAAAAUUUUAAUCCUUUCUUGCCUGUCAAUGUUUUACAACAAAUGGUCUUUGUACGAUUUCCUUCACUUUCUGGAUUAAUUAAUAAUCCUUUAUUACUUCCUGGGUUGAACGUGGUACCUGCAAUAUCGGAUGAUGAUGGAGAACAAAGAAAUUAUUUCUCAUUUCCUUCUGUAUCUACAAGGCAGCAUAGUUCACCAGAUUGUCGACAUGAUCCACCUGAGAAUCCACCUCCGGUUGCUGUUCCCUUGCUAGAAAUGGGAUUUUCUUUGAGGCACAUUUGCAAAGCUGUUGAUGCUGCAGGUGUUUCAGGGGAUGCAGAUCCACAAUCGAUUGAACAACUAGCCAGCUGGAUGCUGGAACAUCCACUAGCAGAGGAACAGGAAGUCAUUGUUUACUCCUCAGCAACAAUUGAGAAUGAUUUGGAGGUACCUGUGGAGCCUGAGGUUAUAGUACACAAUCGUGCAACAAGACCUGCAUCUCCAGAAGCUGUUGACAGGGAAGAUGCAAUUGAAGGAACAACAGAUGGUUUGGAUCAGAUAGAAAGAGGAAAUUUUAUUGACGUGCAUUUGACUAGAAAUAGACCUCCACCUGCUCGAAGACGUAGAGCGAGUCAAGGUCAGCGAUCUACAUUUAGAGGAGCAGGAUCUAGAUCUCCUCAGCUGGUUCAGUCAACAUUAAGAAGAGAGCAUGGGACUGCAGGAUGGCAGGAGGUUGAUGCUAUGUCUGACCGAAAUCUGGAUGGAGAGUUAGAGCUCUGUUUUUCUGAGGAUCCACUGUCUGAAGGUUCUGUUGAAGAUAUGUUUCCUUCUGAAUGUGGGACUGAAAAUGAACCACAAGGCAUGUGGUUUUCUGAGAUGAUAGAUUGGCCUAACAUGUGUCAGGACAGCUCGGACGCAGAGGAGAUCGUCGUUUGUGAACUGUGUGAUACUCAUACGAUGCAGUUCAAUAGUCACAUGAAGAGACAUCACCCUGGUUGUGGAGAGAGUGCAGGUCACUUGGGAUAUCGGAGCAAUGGAGCCUAUGUUGAUGGUUGGUUUGGAGGAGAGUGUGGCACGGGGAGCCCAUACUACCUGAUGUGUAACAGUUGCCGUGCAAAAUACUUAGCAGAAAAACCAAGACACAAGCAAGCCAAAUUAAAUCGCAAAACCAAAGGAUUAGCGCCUGAUUUAAUCAACAAGCAUGAAAAUACACCUGAAGAGGACUGGGACAUAUUAGAUUCAGAAGGAAAUGAGCGGCUCACAGGACAGGAAGAUUUUGCUUCAUUAACUGGGCCGCUCGGCUUGAAUGACAACAAAUUGAUUCCUGAUCCAGUUCAAUUUCCAGAACAGGAUCCUCUUGGAGCAUCAGUUGCCACUGAUAACACACAUGAUAUGCUUUUAAAUAAAGGUUUAAAUAGGUCUGAUGAGAAAACAAACACCAAACUGACUUUGGGUGAACAAGCUACAUCUCUCCGGGAUACCCAGGAAAGAAUUUUUGCUCUUCAGCGUAUCACAGUGGCUAUGCAAAUUCUUUUAGCACAUACCAUGGUUAUGAAAGCUUUAUCGUUGAUCUCAGUCAGCCACUAGGGUGUUGAUGGUGGGGAACCCAGUGAUGACAGUGCCACUGAAUAGCAAAGG